AUGUUUGACAUCUUUGGUAUGGCUAUCUGGUGUUUCAGCCUGUAUAACUGGUUAGGUUACACCUGGUGUUUCAGCCUGUAUAACUGGUUAGGUUACACCUGGUGUUUUACCCUGUAUAACUGGUUAGGUUACACCUGGUGUUUUACCCUGUUUAACUGGUUAGGUUACACCUGUUGUUUCAGCCUGUAUAACUGGUUAGGUUACACCUGGUGUUUCAGCCUGUAUAACUGGUUAGGUUACACCUGGUGUUUUACCCUGUAUAACUGGUUAGGUUACACCUGGUGUUUCAGCCUGUAUAACUGGUUAGGUUACACCUGGUGUUUCAGCCUGUAUAACUGGUUAGGUUACACCUGGUGUUUCAGCCUGUAUAACUGGUUAGGUUACACCUGGAGUUUUACCCUGUGUAACUGGUUAGGUUACACCUGGGGUUUUACCCUGUAUAACUGGUUAGGUUACACCUGGUGUUUCAGCCUGUAUAACUGGUUAGGUUACACCUGGUGUUUUACCCUGUAUAACUGGUUAGGUUACACCUGGUGUUUCAGCCUGUGUAACUGGUUAGGUUACACCUGGUGUUUCAGCCUGUAUAACUGGUUAGGUUACACCUGGUGUUUCAGCCUGUAUAACUGGUUAGGUUACACCUGGUGUUUCAGCCUGUAUAACUGGUUAGGUUACACCUGGGGUUUCACCCUGUUUAACUGGUUAGGUUACACCUGUUGUUUCAGCCUGUAUAACUGGUUAGGUUACACCUGUUGUUUCAGCCUGUAUAACUGGUUAGGUUACACCUGGUGUUUCAGCCUGUAUAACUGGUUAGGUUACACCUGUUGUUUCAGCCUGUAUAACUGGUUAGGUUACACCUGGUGUUUCACCCUGUUUAACUGGUUAGGUUACACCUGUUGUUUCAGCCUGUAUAACUGGUUAGGUUACACCUGUUGUUUCAGCCUGUAUAACUGGUUAGGUUACACCUGGUGUUUCAGCCUGUAUAAUUUGUUAGGUUAGCCUACACCUGUAUGGUCAAGUAAUGGUUCAUGACACUACACAAUGGGUAGAGACAAUGGGGUUUAGUUUCUGAGUGUAAACUCAACCUAACUUGGCUGUGGUGUGAGUAUAGUGUAUUCAAUUGGUUUCCAAAUGUGUUUUAAUGUUUAAGCUACUCACCAGUAAUACUUGGGGUGUAUUGAGAGGCUGAACGAGGAAUAUAGAAGUGAUUUUUGCCCAGCUAAUAUACUGUAGAUGGGCCCAUCAUUGCAAUGACGCGACAAACAACGAGCCCACUAAGAGAGAUGCUAAGGGUAGAUUUUAUUGUGUACAUUUUCUUUAGCACCACUUGACCAUUGGUAGUAACUUGUGACCUAUAACCUUUGACCUAUAAUGUGUGGUAAAAUUACACUAGAGAUAAAAACAGACUUAAGCUUUUGUUGUUGUUGACAUUUGUUGGUCCGGUUUCAUUCAAUUAAUAUACCAAUGUUUGUUGCCAAGUUUGUCUGAAUAUGACAGUAUUUUAAUGGUAAUAAUUGCUAACAAAUGAUUUACGGUAAUCCUGAUAAUCAAUAAGUUGAAAGGGUAUUCAACAUUUGGAGAAACUGAUCAUUUAGUUUUUUGGUGGAAAACUUAAAUUGUAAGUUUGAUAAGUUGUGCUAUUAUUUUGUAGUAUUUUUAACCACAAUGUUUUCCCAUUUGCGGCCAGCAGACAACAGUUAGAUUUGUAAAACCUAAUAGCCGACUGUUGGUACCAUUUUAUGGCUGUUUCUUUUAAAAAAACUAAACUGAGUUGUAGUUUUAAGAUGAGGUUGGUUUUGGUUUAUCUGUUGGAAAAACUGUAUUUGUCUCAAAGUUCACCGCCUCAACUGUGGACUUCCUAUGGCUCAAACCUCACAGGCAACUCUGAAGAGAAGGAAACUACUUACGGUAGUAUUUGUGCAUUUUCACUGAGAAAGCAGCUUUUAAGUUGUCUUCUUUUGUGUUCUGUUUUAAGUGGAAUAAUAUGACCCUCUUGCUUUGUGCUAUGUACCUGAUUUCAUUGGGAAGACAAGAAAGGGAACAUCCUCUUCCCACACUGCGCUUACUGCCAAGCUGUUUAACACACUCAGAGAAAAAGUGCAUUUACGCACUUAUUUGUCCUCCGAAUAUCAAUAAAUGUUCAUUUGAGGGAAA